AUGUCCCCCCCUCUCGUGCCACCCGUGCGGAUAAUCAACACCCACCCACAAAGCCAAGACCACCACAGAAGUUUACCAACGCCCGCGAUCAUGAGUCCCCCGGGCAGCCCAACUGAUGUCCCGUCAUCGCCAAUCAAGGCGAAGCGCGAGCCUGACAUGCCCAUGCCAGGCGGAGAUGAGCAAAUGCGACUUAUCGACACGUUGGAGCAGAGCUACUCUCUGUAUGAGCUGUGCUUGGAGUUGUCCAAGGUUGCCGAGAGCCUCGCCCAAAACCCAGUCUUCAAGGCUAACGGUUUUGAGGUUAAGGAGACCGUCAAAGCGUUUCGACAAGAGUCCAUAAAUGGUUGGAAGAUGUGCGAGCUCCUCCACGGAAUGCACCCGAAGGUGAUUCAAAGCAUUAUUCAAGGCACCGUCGCAUACGACCUGAUACACCACGAAAGCGGCUGGUACGAAAUGCCUCGCGAGAAAGAGGGCAGGGUUGCCGGUAUUUACGCAGUUGGCAUCUGCCGUGCUGGCAAGGCUGGCAGGUUUGUUAACAUCCCCGAGAUGAGGAAGCUGAUCAAGGGCAUCAAGCAGUACAUCAAGGGCUACGAGGCCCUCGCCAAGCAUCUCCGAGAUGUCGAUGCCAAAAUAGUGACGUAUGGAGACAUGGCAAACCUUUCAAAAGAGGAGAUCACCGAUCUGGCCUGGGUUGCUCGGGUCGACGAAGAUCGCAGCAAGUUCUUCAAAGGAAAGCCGCGUGCCCGAGCCCAGUUCAUCCACAAAGAUGACGAGGUGCCCAGCAUAAAGGCUUUGGUCCGCACGUACGAGAGAAUGUGCCGCCCAGAGAUCACGGAGGCCGAGGAGCCCAUUCGAAUGAAGCAAAGCCCAGUCUACGUCGGCUGUUCUGCCGACCUCAGCACUCGUACGAAGGCCUACCGAGGCUCGAGCCUCAAGUCCAUCAACAAGCCGAUGGCCCUGACCCUUGCUGUCCUUUUUGCGAACAAAAUCCCAGGUGAGAUGCAUCUCGGCGUGGCCCUGCUAAUCUGGAAGUCAGACCAGCUGCCUUUGGCCGAACAGCUCGUCGCGACUCUUGCCGGCUCACUCGUUUAUCAACAUGGCUUCAACGCCACUGAGGCCGGGGGCACUGGCCCGAAUACCGUUCACACACCCGAGACCCUGGAGCGUUCCGCUCGACAGAUCAUGCUCGGGAGCGGUGCACUUGCCGAGAACAUCAAGGCCACCAUCCAUGAGCUGGAGAAUCGAGAAGGCUUUCUGAAGAUGCUAGAUAAGCUCGAGGAGGAGAUGCCAAAGGUCAAUGAUGAGAUCCAGGAGCUUGUAGACUUGGUUGAUCAACUCCCCGCCUGUUCUGAAUCCGACUCUUUGAUCCAGAGGACAUCGGAACUAAUCCAGGACAGGAGAAAGGAGCUCAAUGACACACGAGAGGCCUUGGCGCAGUGGGAUCUUAUCCUAAAAAUUAAGCGGAGGCUUCUGGGUCUCCCAUAG